AGGAGAGAAUGGAUUGUUGGACUUGGUUUCGGGAGGAACAGAGUAUUUACGAAAUGGGUGAAGAAGGGAAGACUUCGCUGUACGUUGGCGAUCUGGAACCGAGCGUGACAGAUUCUGAGUUGUUCGAUGCGUUUAGCCAUGCGAGUCAUGUGAGCUCUGUUCGUGUUUGCAGAGAUUUGACCACAGGGGGAUCUCUUGGCUAUGGCUACGUUACCUUUGACUAUCCUCAAGAAGCUAAAAGAGCAAUGGAAAUGCUGAACUUUACUGCUCUUAAAGGAAGAAGCAUUAUAGUUAUGUACUAUGUCCAUUAUCCAAGUCUUCUAAAGCGGGGAGUUGGUAAUAUAUUCAUAAUGAAUCUUGACAAAUCCAUCGAUCAAAAAGGACUCUACGAUACAUUUUCAUGCUUUGGAUCCAUUCUUAGAUUCAAAUUAGCGACUGAUGCAUCUGGUAAGUCAAGAGGAUUUGGUUUUGUACAGUACAACACGGAAGAAUCAGCUCAUAAGGCCAUAGAACAUAUGAAUGGAAUGCUUCUUAACGAUACAGAAGUAUACGUUGGACCGUUUCUUCAAAGAGAUUCUCCAAGCGAAAAGGCAACGUUCACUGAUAUUUAUGUCAAGAACCUCUCCAAGUCCUUGACCGAUGAAGAGCUGAACACAAUUUUUCAAGAUUUUGGACCUACGACGAGUUGCGUGAUCAUUAGGGAUGGUGAGGUUCCUCAAGGAAAGUCUAAAGGUUUUGGCUUUGUUAAUUUUAAGAAUCCAGAGGAUGCUGAGAAAUUUGUUGAGGCUCUAAACGGAAAGAAGUUUGAUGACAAGGAGUGGUUUGUUACUAAAUCUAAGAAGAAGUAUCAGAGGGAAUCUGAAGUGAAGCGAGGUUUAAAACAUGCUGUCAACAUGUCACAGGGUUCGAGUAACGUGUGCGUUACGAAGUUGGAUAAAAGAGUAACAGAUGAAAUCCUCAAAGACUUCUUUUCUUCCUAAGGAACUAUAACAUCAUGCAAGGUUUGAAAACACUAAGGUCGUUUCUUUCCAAUUUCAGUGUAGGAUUCAAGAUUUUACAUAUAUGAACGUGGACAGGUCAUGAGAGACUCUAGUGGAGUAAGUAAAGGAUCAGGCUUUGUUACGUUUUUGAAGUCAGAAGAAGCGCUGUAAGUAUCUAGAUAUACACUAAUACACAAAGACAAUGCAGCUCAUUACUUAUAAUAAACUAAUCAACGGUUAAAAGUCCUUUAAUUUAUUUGAUGUGUUCAGAUGGAGGAGAUUAAUGAGUGGAAAUUAAACUCGGAAAACUAGAAUAAAAAGCUUAAUUUUCGAGUUUUGUAACAAAUAAAAAAAAAGGAUUAUUGUUUAAGUUGUCAUUUUGCCACCCCAAAUCUUUUGGUUUGCAAUUUGCUUAAUGGCUUCGUAGAUUUACCAUUUUUGGCCACUUACAAAACUAAAAACUAUAUGUUUGUGUGUUUUUUUUAUAAGAAAAUACUUAAUAACAAAAAAGUGAAACCAAGAAAUCCAAAUAAUACAAUGUGUAAUCUUGUCUUUUUUUUUAUCUUUAAAAAUUGCAAAUCUAAAAAAUUUAAACCAAAAUAACAAA